CCUUCUCUUGUUGUCACAUGAUCAGAUGAUUCUUGUCAAAAUUCGGUAACCACACACUAAACCCUCUUACGAACCCUAUUCGUUUGUAUUGUAUUAUUCAGAUCCAGUUUUAAUCACACAAUGUCGGGAAAAGACAAAAUUGCCAUUUUUCCUUCUCGAGGAGCACAGACUUUGAUGAAACAUCGGCUUGCCGGUGCACAGAAAGGCCAUGGUCUUCUUAAAAAGAAGGCAGAUGCUCUUCAAAUGAGGUUCCGCUCAAUCCUGAAAAAGAUCAUUGAUACAAAAGUACUAAUGGGAGAUGUGAUGAAGGAAGCUGCUUUUUCACUUGCUGAAGCCAAAUUUGCAACUGGUGACUUCAAUCAGGUAGUACUGCAAAACGUCACAAAGGCUCAGAUCAAAGUCAGGUCUAAAAAAGACAAUGUGGCAGGUGUGAAUUUGCCAGUGUUUGAGAGCUACCAGGAUGGUAGUGAUACGUAUGAGCUAGCAGGUUUGGCUAGAGGAGGUCAACAGCUGGGUAAGCUGAAGAAAAACUACCAGAAAGCUGUUACACUAUUAGUGGAGCUUGCCUCUCUGCAGACGUCAUUCAUCACGCUCGACAAGGUGAUCAAGGUGACCAAUAGAAGAGUAAACGCCAUCGAGCACGUGAUCAUACCUCGUAUUGAACGGACACUGGCCUACAUCAUUUCAGAACUUGACGAGCUAGAACGUGAAGAAUUCUACCGGUUGAAGAAAAUCCAAGAUAAGAAGCGCAUAUCACGUGCCAAGGCUGAGCUGGAGAAGGCAAAACGUAAAGCUGAAGGGAAAAUUGAAGACGAAGCAGCCAAUAUACUCGAUGACGCACAUGACGAGGAUGUUCUUUUCUGAAAAAAAAAGACGACAAAGAAAAAUAAUAAUUAGGCGCGAUAUUAUCCGAUAUCUAUGUCGAAUAGUUUUUGAUGUGCAAGUCUAUUAUUGUGACUGCUAUUGUUUUGUUCAUUCCUUACCUUAUAUUGGUGUUGUUGGUGUAGCCACAGAAAAAGAUAACUAAUUGCAAUUUACACUUUCGAUUCAAACAUG